AUGAGUAAGGCUCCACCAGCUAAGGCAGCUCUUUAGCCUCCUAACGUAGGAAAGACUGGUUCAGUUAUUCCCCAAGUUUUAAAUCCAGACUCUAGAUUAUCUAAUCCUCCAGUGCAGGCUAAAAAAGGAUCUGUAGCAUCACAAUCUUAAAAUGGAGAUAUUCCCACUGGACAAAACGAACUAGAACUAAUUAUACUUGCUAGAUUUGAAACUUUCAUCUUGAAACCGAUGCAUGUCGCUAAGAUCUGGGAUUCCUCUCACAUGAAGGAAGAUUUCAUUGCCAUUUUCCAGGAAUUCUUUAAGCCAAAGAGCUCUAUAGAACAAGAGAAGGUUGAAUAUAAUGAGAUCAACAUUUUCUCUGAGUAUCAACUCUAUAAUUUGAUAUUCGCUAAGAAUGAAUUGCUUCUUAGCAAUUACAAAUGUGCUAUAUUAUUGGAGAAAUUCUGGAGGCUUUUGGAGUUCAAUCCAGAUGCCAAUAACCCCAACCCAGAGGGGGACGAGAGAUAAUCUGUAGUAGGUGACUUAAGAGCUUCAAGAAUGAAUUCACAGCAAAGCCAGCAUUAGGAUGAAUAAUAAGAUUAGAAUUCAGAGGAGAAAUUCGCUGAUUUACUGAAGCAUAAAUUUAACCUAUUUAAAUCUCUUUGUCUUGAGAUGAUAAAUGAACCUGAAUCUUAACUUAAGUUUGCUCCAGAGGAAGUUAAGAGGAUUGCAGACUAUGCUAAGGAUUCUUAUUUCAAGCAUUUAAGACUGUAUGACUACGUACUUAAUAAUAAAUAACUGUGUGAGGUUAAAAGACUUAACAUUCAAAUUAAUAAUCCAAUCAUUGCCUCAAACCUCAAUGAUGCUUUACUUCUAGGAUCUGAAGAGAUGCUAGUAUACGAAGAUGAGGAUGAAGAACUAAGAUUAGAAAUCAUCAGAAAAAAGCAAGAACUUGCUUAGUAAAAGAGAGAAGAAGAGGAGAGAAAAGUCAGAUAGGCUCUAGAAGCUGAAAGAGACGAUGAAAGUGAUGAGGAACUUAGAGGCCUCGAUGAAAAACUUAAGCAUGCAAAUAUUCAUAAGGAAUCUAAAUUGAUAAUUCACGAGAAAUUAUCUGGCCUUGAUAGUAUGCUAAAUAAAACUAUGGAUGAGAAGCAAAGAUUACUUGAAGAAAAGCUAGUUGCUGCUGGAGUCAAGAAGAAGUGA